AUGUCGAUGAAACGGUUCGGAAAAGCGGCUUAUCGCAUUGCGAAUGAGUUCGUCGCGCGCAGUGGAAGGAUUUCUAUAUUCCAGCGAAUCUUGCCACGCAUCUUCCCAGCUACACACAAUUUAGGUGUUCAUGUGGUUCUAAAAAGAUCCCCAUUCCCCCGUCAGAAUGCACUGAGAAUAGCCCGUCUUGUAACUCGCCAUGGUCGCUUCUUUCGUCCGUUCUCUUCUGUUAUAAUCGAAAGACAUCGAUUCCAAAAUAAAGAUGAUUGGAGGCACAAAUUAGAACCACUUCGAAAACAACAGUCGAAAUCUGUCGAUCUCGUGGAACGAAUCAAGCAGAUUUUCGGAAACUCGGUUCGAUAUAAUGAAGACUUGAAGAGCAGUGAAUGGCCUAAUAGGGUUGACUCUUACGAGUUUGGAGAGUUCCUCGGUCAAGGAUGCAACGCAGCAGUGUAUUCUGCCAAGUUGGCUAAUUCCGAUAUUGAGAUAUCGAACACCAAAUAUGGAGCUGGUUUCAACGAAGUCACAAACAUUCUUGCAGAAAUGCCUCCAGUCAGUAAAGUUAUUGAAAAGAAGUAUCCACUCGCAAUCAAAUUGAUGUUCAAUUUUGAACAUGACAGAGACGGAGACGCCCAUCUCUGGAGUUCGAUGGGAAAUGAACUGGCACCAUACCCAAAUGCCGCAAAGUUAUUGAACGGCCGCAUGGGAAACUUUAAGCCGCUUCCAGCCAAACAUCCAAAUGUAGUGAGAAUUCAAACAGCGUUCGUUGAUUCAUUAAAAGUUCUGCCCGAUGCUUUGGAACGAUAUCCUGACGCUCUACACACUGCUCGUUGGUAUGAGUCGAUUGCCUCUCAACCCAAAACGAUGUACGUAGUGAUGCGAAGAUAUCGACAGACCCUUCAUGACUACGUCUGGACACACCAUCGGAAUUAUUGGACUGGGCGAGUGAUGGUAGCUCAGCUUCUAGAAGCAUGCACGUAUCUUCACAAGCACAAAGUAUCUCAGAGAGAUAUGAAGAGUGAUAAUAUUCUGUUGGAAUAUGAUCUUGAUGACGAGAUUCCUCAGUUGGUCAUCGCUGAUUUUGGAUGUGCAUUGGCUUCGGAUGAUUGGACGGUCCUUUAUGAAAGUGAUGACGUCAGUCUUGGAGGUAAUACAAAAACAAGAGCACCAGAGAUUGCUACAGCUGUUCCUGGCAAAAACAAAAAAGUGAAUUUCGAAAUGGCUGACACCUGGGCAGCAGGAGGGUUGUCUUAUGAAAUACUGACUCGCUCGAACCCUUUCUACAAACAUCUAGACACUGCCACUUACGAAGAAUCACAAUUGCCAGCUCUACCUUCUCGUGUGAAUUUUGUUACCCGUGAUGUAAUUUUCGAUUUACUGAAAAGAAAUCCAAACGAGAGAGUCAAGCCAAAUACUGCUGCAAACGCUGUAAAUUUAUCACUUUUCCGGAUGGGAGAAGAUGUGAGACAAAUGAUGGAGAAAUGUGGAAUCUCUCAAAUGAGUACACUUUUGGCAGGAUCCACAAAAGUAUUGAGUCAGAAGUUCAACAGUCAUCUGGAUAAAGUUAUCAACUUGAUUACUGCCGAAACAAUAAUUUCCAACCUCGCACCACACUUGAUCAGUAGAGCAGAAAGGCAACUUCGUGCGACUUUUUUGUCCAGAAUGAAUCGUGAAGAUAUCUGGCAAAGUUUGAAGUAUUUCUUCCCUCCUGGAGUUCCACUGAAUACACCUGCCACGUCAUCCGACUGUUUUGAAUCAAUUUCCAGUUUGAUUUCUAGCUUAUCGAAUGGCUCUCAGGAUUUCGAAAUGCAGAAGCAACCAGCAAGAAACGGAUAUAACAAUGUGCCUAUUCUAUUACGACAUGUCAUUCGAACUAAUUCAGAUGGAAUCGAUGGAAUUGUACAUAGAUUUUAUAAAUAUCUGACACACAUAAAUUUUAGGUGCAUGAGCAGUCUUUACGUGCCAUUUGUUUUACGGCUCGAAGUGAGAGAUCCGUCGAAAAUUGUACAAUCGUUUAUGGACAAUUCAAACGCUGGAAGUGAGUCUCCGUUUGCUGGGGAACGAACGCGUCAACGACUUGUCAAAAAAGCAAACUCGCCACCGAAAAAAGACCAAAAGGUCGGAAAAGACGAUCCACCAACUGGAGUCAUGGCAAAUGAACCGUCUCACAACUAUCAUAAAGGUAAUCGUACAUACUCCGAAGUUGUUGUCGAGUCCCUCGAUGGAGAGAAACUAAUUGAUACGAGUUCUGUUGCUGGAACAUCAGAGAGAUCUGCUGGUGCAAGAUCUGGAUCUGAAGGGCCUUAUGAACAUGUGGCUUACUAUUCGGGGAAUCCACUCACCGAGAAGACCGAGGGAAUAAUGCAUUUUUACAAAUACAACGAUGAGAAACUCAUCCGAUCUGCUCAAUGUCGGAUGUUGUGUAUGUAUGCUGUUCCAGCACAAGUCGAAGUUCGCGAAAUAAUCUCGUUCAUGUGCAUUUCUCUAACAAUGAUCAGUAGCAUCAGGGUAGUCAGAGAUCCAUCCCCCAAUCAAUAUAUGCUGAUAAUCAAAUUCAAAGAACAUAAUGAUGCAGUUACAUUCUACGAAGAGUUUAACAACUGCGCAUUCAAUGACCUUGAAGAUCAUGUGUGUAAACUCUUCUUCGUCGACCGGAUUGAAUGUACAACAGCGGACAGUCUGUUAUCCUGUGAUGACUCUUCUAUAACCGAACUUCCUACUUGUGCCGUAUGCUUAGAACGUAUGGAUGACAGUGUCCUCGCCAUUUUAUGCAAUCACUCGUUUCACGCUAAUUGUCUGGAACAGUGGGCUGACAACACCUGUCCCGUUUGCAGAUAUGUCCAAUCUCCAGAAGUUGUUGCUGAGCAACGUUGCAGUGAUUGUGGGAUGAGUAACGAUCUGUGGAUCUGUCUAAUUUGUGGAAACAUUGGCUGCGGCAGAUAUGCAGAACAGCAUGCUCAAAGACACUGGGAGCUGACUUCGCAUACUUAUAGUUUGAAAGUAGGAGGUGAAAGAGUUUGGGACUACGCAGGAGACAACUAUGUUCAUCGGCUUAUUGAGAAUCAAGCAGACGGGAAGCUGGUUGAGGUUCAGCGUGAUAUGAAUGCGAGUAUGGACGAAAAAGGAGGCAAAGAUGAUAAACUAGAAGGAAUAAAGCUUGAAUAUACUCUUCUUCUCACUAGUCAACUCGAAGAUCAACGGAAGUAUUUUGAAGGUCAACGACAUGAUAUGGAGGAAACUAUGGCAAAAAUGGAGAAGAUGGCAUAUGCCCAAGUCGAGACUUUGGAACAUCAACUGAAUGAUCGCUCAGCGGAACUUAAGACUUUACGCGGAGAGAUGGAUGAAUCUAUAUCCGCUAGGCGAAUGGCAGAGAAGAAGGCAAAUCAGACUGUUGAGAAAGUCGCAAAGUUGACAAACGAUUUGAAUGAUGAACGCGAAAUCAAUGAGAUGCUGCGGAAAGAUCAGCAAGUGUGGAAAAGUCAAGUUGAGAAGCUCAUCGGGAGUCAGAAGACCGCUAGAGAAGAAUAUGAACAGAAAAUAAAUGACCUCCAGUCGCAAGUUAACGAUCUUCUUUUGCAUUUUGAGACUCAGAACAAGCUCAAAGAACAGUUGGAAGCAGGAACGGUAACUCAAGAGGAAAUAACCGAAAGCCAAGUAGGACUCGACACUUCAUCCUCCACCUCUUCGAAGAAACUGCGGAGGAAGAAGAAG